UUUUAUUUGUUUUCUCCGAGAUUGAAGUUUACUACAUUCAUGAAAACGGACAGAUAAGCUGCUUCCCCCGCCGAAUGCAGCCGACCAAUCAAAUUGACUGGUGUUAUUUCGAUUGGUUGAAUUCUUAUUACAUAAUUCGUCGUCUGCUACAGGUUUACAGUGACAUACGGCACCGCGAUUCUUCCAUCCACAUUCUCGAUUUAUGAGAAAAUUGUCUCAUCCGAUUAUCUACAUUUCCGAAAAAAAUCGCUAUCUAUCAGCAGUUCGAAAUCUCGCGACGAUAUCCGACGAUAUCCGCACGGCGACGAGUACGCAUGCACCACUUCGGUAACCUCGAUAACCUCGCGCGCGCGAGGAAAGUUUAAUUAAAUGGAAGCUUAAUUUAAUAUUUUAAUACAGCGUCAAUUUAAAGGGAGAAAGCGAGUGAGAGGGAGAAGGAAAAAAAAUGACGCCGAUCUACAGGAUUCGACGUUCCCCUCGACGGCGACGAGCUCCCCGUCCGUGAAAGAUUAGAAUUAGACUAUCGAUCGCGAUACGGACGCGACAGCGCGCGCAACCCGGGCCUCGGAGACGCGGAGGCGCGCUGCUCACGCUGCCUCCAGUACGAUGCGCAAGCGGGAACGAUGUUGGACGGAACGCGGCGGGUCGUCGUGGCCCUAAUCCUCGUCGUGUCGAUCCUCCACCGUGCGCGCGGCGACGGCGGCGGCGCGAUCAGGCCGAGCGAGAAGCGGCACGGCGGCGACAGGGCCAGCGACUAUCAGAUGUGCCUCGAGAGCUUCGACAUCCACAAGGACAAGAUCAUCCGGACGCAGGACUCCCGCGACAUGGGCGCCAAGUACCUGAACGUGCUGGACGUCGACUCCAGGCUGGACUGCCUCAAGUACUGCUGCGAGACCGAGCGGUGCGACGUGUUCAUCUUCGAGGAGAAGAAGCCGAGCAGCUGCUACCUCUUCCAGUGCGGCCCGCUGCACGACUUCAAGUGCAAGUUCACGAGGCACGCCAAUUAUACCAGCGCCGUGCGCACCAGCUAUCCCAUACAGAAUGUACAGGUGGAGGAGGAGGUCAGGAUAUCUCAGCAGGAGCACGAGUUAAAGUCCCUUAGGAAAAGCAACGAGAUCACGUCGGAUUACGGAUUCACGGAAGCUCCCGUCAAGUCUGUAGUCACGCAAGUGUCAAAAGUAAUACUGACUACGCCAGCGCCGGUCAAACCGGCCUGCACCAGGAAUCAGUACGAGUGCCGGUCAUCCGGAGAUUGCAUAGCCAUAUAUAAUGUUUGCGACGGCAUUCCGCAGUGCGCGGACGGCUCUGACGAGGCAGCGGACCUCGUCUGCCCCACGGAGAAGCCGACGGCUCCUCCAAUGAUACAGAUGCCACGUCCGCCCGCCGAUAUCCUCCGAUAUCAGCAAAUGAUGGACCAGCGUAAGGUCCUUCCUCCGUUCUAUCCCGGGCCGGAGAUAAAUCCUAAGACUUGGGACAUACCUAGUCUGACCCAUCAGAUGUCGCAGCCGCAGAAUAUUCUGUAUCCCGGCCAACCGGUAGAGAUACCGCAGAUGCAUAAGAAUUACGGAUCGUCGGGAUACCAGUGGGACUAUCAGCCUCUGUAUGAGCCAAACAAGGACCCCUACGUUCCUGCUAAUACUAUUCGCGAACAACAUAUGAAUCCUUAUGAACAACAACCACAUAUAUUUAAUCACAAGGGCCCGAGCGUCAUAGGAAACAAUGAGGCGGAUAGGGGACCGUUUAUAGAUGUCAAGCAUUCAUAUUCCUCACAUUUUCCAUCGGCGAAUAAAGCGGGUUGGCAAGAAAAUCCCGUGCAAUUUUCACCAUCUAUUGCACCGAAUUCUCAAAAUAAGCAGGCCAAUGAUGUGGAAAAUGUUGCGAUAAUUACGACGACGCCCGCUUGUGAUACCUCGGAGGAACAUAAAAACGAGGACAAGGAAUCUGUGCAGAAGGAAGAAAAGGCCAACACAUAUCUGACGCAUGUAAAGACGAGCAAGCAACAGAUCACUGAGAAACCAACUUUAUCUGCAAACGAGAUUACCAAACAUAAUCGUGCAAAAGAGUUGAAAGAUCACAAAACAGUGAUUGUAAUCGAAGAGCAUGCAAAAGCGCGCGAGAGAACUGACGUUAUUGCGGAACAUCUUCAAAUAAUUGAAAAUGACGUUCUGAGGCCCAGAGGUGCCGUAGUGUCGUUGUCAUUGGGUCUCAUCGCGACCGCGAUCACGGCUGCUUUAAUUGUUUGCCGAUUGCGAGUAGUAAAACGGCGUGGAAGAAGCGGGCACGGACCUUUUGCGCAUGAUGCCGAUUACUUGGUUAAUGGAAUGUAUUUAUAAAUGAAUACGAAUUGCUUGGUUAACUUUAGCGGCAAUAUCACUUAAUGUAUUUCUAGUCAUUUUAAAGUAUGUAAUCAUAUUUUCUAUACGUACCACUGUUGUAUUUCCAUGAUUAAAUUAUUAAAAUCUCUUUAAACGGAUUCGUCAUUCUCUAAAGAGAAAACUUUGUUAUGCCACUAUAUGUGUAUAACUAUAUAUACAUAUAAUUUAUUCACUAUAUAUGAAAUUGCAAGUGUUGUACGAUUACUGAUAGCAUUUUGAUAUAGAAAUCUAAAACUCAAUAAACCUAUGAAUUAUUGUUAAUUAUUACUGAUUUUUUUAUAUAUACAUAUUACGUCAUUCUAUAAACGUUAUAUUUAUUUUUAUUAUUCAAAUACCUUAUAUGACGAAAUUCUGCAAAAAUGUUUCAGACUGCAAUUAUUUUUAAUUGGUACAUAUGUUGGAUAAAAUUCUGUACGAACAUUGUUAUUGCACGAAAAAUUUCACGCCUUGUUAAAA